AUGUUGAUCUACAAAACUGAGGAUGUCAACGCCUUGGAUGCUGAGAAACGAACCCCUCUUCAUGUUGCAUCAUUCUUGGGGGAUGCAGACAUCAUUGAGCUGCUCAUUUUGUCAGGUGCUCGAGUUAAUGCCAAGGACAACAUGUGGCUGACUCCUCUCCAUCGAGCAGUUGCUUCAAGAAGUGAAGAAGCAGUGCAAGUAUUGAUUAAGCACUCAGCUGAUGUCAACGCUCGGGACAAGAACUGGCAGACCCCACUGCACGUGGCAGCUGCCAACAAGGCAGUGAAGUGUGCAGAAGUCAUCAUCCCCAUGCUGAGCAGCGUCAACGUCUCUGACCGGGGCGGGCGGACGGCACUGCACCACGCAGCUCUCAAUGGCCACAUUGAGAUGGUGAACUUGCUCUUGGCCAAGGGGGCAAACAUCAACGCUUUUGACAAGAAGGACAGAAGAGCUCUUCACUGGGCAGCAUACAUGGGUCACCUGGAAGUUGUUGCCUUACUGAUUAAUCAUGGUGCAGAAGUGACUUGUAGAGACAAGAAGGGUUACACCCCACUCCACGCAGCUGCAUCCAAUGGGCAGAUUAACGUUGUGAAACAUCUCCUUAACCUGGGGGUAGAGAUUGAUGAGAUGAACAUCUAUGGAAACACUGCACUGCACAUUGCCUGUUACAACGGUCAGGAUUCUGUUGUUAAUGAGCUGAUUGACUAUGGUGCUAAUGUAAAUCAGCCCAAUAAUAAUGGAUUCACUCCCCUGCACUUCGCUGCUGCCUCCACUCACGGAGCUCUGUGUCUUGAACUGCUGGUGAAUAAUGGGGCAGAUGUUAAUGUUCAGAGUAAGGAUGGGAAGAGCCCACUGCACAUGACAGCUGUCCAUGGGAGGUUCACACGGUCCCAGACCCUCAUUCAGAAUGGAGGAGAAAUUGACUGUGUUGAUAAGGAUGGCAACACCCCCCUGCACGUGGCUGCGAGAUACGGACACGAGCUUUUGAUUAACACCCUCAUAACCAGCGGAGCUGAUACUGCCAAGUGUGGGAUCCACAACAUGUUCCCUCUGCACUUAGCAGCACUGAACGCUCACUCAGACUGCUGCAGGAAGUUGUUGUCCUCGGGACAAAAGUAUAGCAUAGUGUCCUUGUUUAGUAAUGAGCCCGUGCUGUCUGCAGGCUUUGACAUAGACACCCCUGACAGCUUUGGAAGAACGUGCCUUCAUGCUGCUGCUGCCGGAGGUAAUGUUGAAUGUAUAAAACUCUUGCAAAGCAGUGGAGCAGAUUUUAAUAAGAAGGACAAAUGCGGGAGGAUACCUUUGCACUAUGCAGCUGCAAAUUGUCAUUUCCACUGCAUUGAGACACUGGUGACAACAGGAGCCAAUAUUAACGAAGCAGAUGACUGGGGACGCACCCCCUUGCACUAUGCUGCUGCUUCUGACAUGGACCGAAAAAGAAAGAAUAUUUUAGGUAACUCCCAUGAAAAUGCUGAAGAACUUGAAAGAGCCAGUGAGAUGAAGGAAAAAGAAGCUGCACUGUGUCUAGAGUUCCUCCUACAAAAUGAUGCCAAUCCAUCCAUCCAAGACAAAGAGGGGUACAACACCGUGCAUUAUGCUGCUGCAUAUGGGCACCGGCAGUGUUUGGAACUGCUUUUGGAAAAAAACAACAAUUUGUUUGAAGAGUCUGAUUCCACAGCUACAAAAAGUCCUUUGCAUUUAGCUGCCUAUAAUGGUCAUCAUCAAGCCUUGGAGGUACUUCUCCAAUCUCUGGUAGACCUGGAUAUUAAGGACGAGAAGGGACGCACUGCUUUGGACCUGGCUGCGUUCAAAGGGCACGCAGAGUGCGUGGAAGCUCUCAUCAGUCAGGGUGCUUCAGUCACUGUAAAAGACAACGUCACCAAAAGGACCCCUCUCCACGCUUCAGUCAUUAAUGGCCACACACCAUGUUUAAGGCUGCUGCUAGAAGUUGCAGACAACCCUGACGUAACAGAUGCCAAAGGACAAACCCCACUUAUGCUGGCGGUGGCAUAUGGGCACAUCGAUGCUGUCUCCUUGUUACUUGAAAAAGAAGCAUCUGUAGAUGCAGCUGAUCUCCUGGGAUGCACAGCUCUACAUCGAGGGAUUAUGACUGGGCAUGAAGAGUGCGUUCAGAUGCUGUUAGAGAAGGAAGUCUCUAUUUUGUGUAAGGAUGCCAGAGGCAGAACACCUUUGCACUUUGCAGCAGCUCGGGGUCAUGCCACUUGGCUGAGUGAGUUGCUGCAGAUAGCACUGUCAGAGGAAGACUGCAGUCUGAAAGAUAACCAAGGUUAUACACCACUGCACUGGGCUUGCUACAAUGGUCAUGAAAACUGCAUAGAGGUACUCUUGGAACAAAAACUUUUCCGCACAUUCUAUGGUAAUAGCUUCUCCCCACUGCACUGUGCUGUAAUCAAUGAUCAUGAAAACUGUGCAUCACUGCUCAUCGGGGCCAUCGAUGCCAGCAUUGUCAAUUGCAAAGAUGACAAAGGAAGAACACCCCUCCAUGCAGCAGCCUUCGCAGACCAUGUGGAGUGCCUCCAGCUCCUCCUGAGUCACAGUGCACAAGUGAACGCUGCAGAUCACGCAGGGAAAACGCCUCUGAUGAUGGCAGCUCAAAACGGUCACAUAGGUGCUGUAGACUUUUUGGUGAACAUUGCUGAGGCUGACCUGACAUUAAAGGACAAGGAGUUGAAUACAUCUUUGCACUUGGCUAGCGGUAAAGGUCAUGAAAAAUGUGCCUUGUUAAUACUUGACAAGAUACAAGAACAGAGCCUUAUUAAUGCAAAAAAUAAUGCAUUGCAGACACCCCUCCAUAUUGCUGCACGGAAUGGCUUAAAGAUGGUGGUUGAAGAGUUGCUAGCCAAAGGGGCAUGUGUCCUGGCAGUAGAUGAAAAUGGUCAUACGCCAGCCCUGGCUUGCGCUCCUAACAAAGACGUGGCUGACUGCCUGGCACUCAUUUUGGCUACCAUGAUGCCUUUUUCUCCUUCCAGUUCAGUGACGGCUUUCAACUUCGUUUGUUUUAAAAAAGACAAUUUGGCCAGGACACAUCUCUGCGAUGGCUCCAGUAUGGGCAGCAUUAACUCUUACAAUAAGCCCUUGAGUAAUAACCUAGGAACAGAGGAUGGGUACAAUGAAAAUGAUUCUGAUUCUGAAACCUUUUGA